ACGGACAUCCCCUGGCCCCUGCCGCUCCCCACCCAUCUCCGAUCUGCGAUUCCUUCCAGCCGACGCCUCCGCAUCCACCUCCCCGGAGCCACCAGCGGCCAGCCACUGGCCGUCCAACCAUCGUCCCCAAGCGGCGAGUUGCGGGGUGUGGCGAAGAUGAUCAGCAGGCAGCUCGUGCUGACCUACCUCUACCUGCUGAUCUACAUCUGCCUCUCUUCGGGCGUCAUCCUGUUCAACAAAUGGGUCCUUUCUCCAAAGUACUUCAAAUUCCCUUUCCCUAUCACGCUUACGAUGAUUCACAUGGCAUUUUCUGGAAUCGUGACAUUCUUCCUUGUCCGAGUUUUUAAGGUUGUUGCACCCGUCAAGAUGACUUUCCAUAUAUAUGCCACAUGUGUGAUUCCAAUUAGUGCCUUUUUCGCUUCAAGUCUGUGGUUUGGCAACACGGCGUACUUGUAUAUUUCCGUGGCCUUCAUUCAGAUGCUCAAGGCCUUGAUGCCUGUAGCAACAUUUAUAAUGGCUGUUUUCUGUGGUACUGACAAAUUAAGAUGGGACCUCUUCUUGAACAUGGUAUUGGUCAGUGUUGGUGUUGUAGUUUCAUCUUAUGGUGAGAUCCACUUUAAUGUGAUUGGAACCUUGUACCAAGUCACUGGUAUCUUUGCGGAAGCCCUCAGGCUGGUCCUAACUCAGGUCCUUCUCCAAAAGAAGGGCUUAACCCUGAAUCCCAUUACAAGCUUGUAUUACAUAGCCCCUUGCAGUUUCAUCUUCCUGUUUAUUCCAUGGUAUUUACUGGAAAAGCCAGAAAUGGACGUGACUCAAAUUCAAUUCAACUAUUCAAUAUUUUUCCUGAAUGCACUUUCUGCAUUCGCAUUGAACAUAUCCAUAUUCUUAGUUAUUGGAAGAACUGGAGCUGUCACCAUUCGAGUUGCUGGUGUUCUGAAGGACUGGAUACUUAUUGCUCUCUCAACUAUUAUCUUCCCUGAAUCCGUUAUUACAAGUCUCAACAUAAUUGGAUACGCAGUUGCGCUCUCUGGUGUUGUCCUGUACAAUUAUCUGAAGAUGAAAGAUGUCAGAGCAAACCAGCUUCCAGCAGAUAAUAAUUCUGAUAGGGCUACAAAGGACAAGAAGUCUUCUAGUAUGUUCAGGCCUGACAAUUCCAUGGACAACAGUGAUGGGACUGUAGCAGGAGGCCUGGCAUCAGAAGCUGCAGCAGUUGAUGAGGAAGCCCCUUUGAUCCCUUCUGCACGCCUCUCCUACGUUACACGGACCCAAACAGGCAGCUCCAGUAACAGAUAACCAUGGUGUACCUGUUCUGUGGGUUGACCACCAUAUAUUUUUGUUCCGGUGAACCUGAAAGAGGUGCUGGUAUACGUGUGGAAAAGAAUAUGGUUAAGGAAGCUCCUGCAAGUCGCACCUCAUCUCAUACCAUGACGACACCUGGAUGUCUCCUCUCGAUGUACCUUUUUCGCUAGGCGUGUAUAUUUCGGGGAGAUACCUAGAGGUGGAUUAGAGAACUUGAAGAGAUAGGCUAUAACUUUUGCUUAGUAUUUGGAGAAACACGUUAGGCCAUGUGUUGGCUAUAGUAUUUCCUUAACCAAACAUAUGGAAAUGGUGUUAAACGUUAGAUGUUGUGAAGCACUUCAUAGGCUCUAAUUUGAGUGUUAGUGUUGUUUCCUUUUCGGUUC